UUUAGAGGGAAGCAGGACGGAAGGAGAAAAGAUGCUGAUGUUUGUCGAAGGGUUGAUGGCAGCCAACGCUCAUUCCCUUCCCCUGUCCCUCUUUCCGCAGCCACAUCCAUCCUGAAGAAGACCAAGCGGUUAAAGCGGAACAAUGUCGAUUUUGACCGGGUCACCGUCUUCUACUUCCAGCGUUGCCAAGGGUUCACCAGCGUGCCGAGCCGUGGGGGCUGCACCCUGGGGAUGGUUAGCAAGCACGGCUUCUCCCGGGAGUUCACCCUGGCUGAGUUUCGCAAGGAGCAGGAGGUGGUCCGGCGGGAGAAGUUCAGGGAGAGGUUGAAAGAAGAGAAGCUUGAAGCCCUUAAGUUGAAACUCACGAUGAACGGUACGAAGGAGUCGGAGGAAGCCAACCGGCUCACUACAGAGGACAUCUCGGAUGACGACGUCGACACCAGUGGCGUGGAGAUGGAGGAUGGCUUCUUCCUCCAGCCCUACCCAACCAAGAAGAGGCGCACCUUGCUCAAGGCCAUGGGGGUCAAGAAGAUCGAUAAGGAGGAGAAGCGGGAGCUGCAAAGCAUCCGUCUUUCCCGGGAAGACUGUGGCUGUGACUGCCAGGAGUUCUGCGACCCCGAAACCUGUAGCUGCAGCGUGGCAGGAAUUAAAUGCCAGAUGGAUCACACCUCAUUUCCUUGCGGUUGCACCAAAGAUGGUUGUGGGAACACAGAGGGGAGAAUUGAGUUCAACCAGGCUCGUGUGCAGACACACUUCAUCCACACCAUCAUGAAGCUGGAAUUGGAAAAGAACCAGCAAAACAGUGACAGGAAUCUUGAAUCUGAGCCACCAUUCAGGGACCACGUUCAUCCAUUUGGGUAUCCGGCCAACAAGGCACCCUAUGAGGAAAGGACCCUAACCCUGACGCCUGCCUUCCAGUUCAACACCGACCUGGAGACUGUUGGCGAGAACAGCUGCAGCAGCAACAUGACUGACUCAUCGGUGUCAUCCAGUCAGAGCGAGGAUUUGGAAGAGCUGUAUGAAACUGCCCCGUCUGAGAAGUCCCAGUCGGACAUCGAUGAUGAUGGCCUGACUCGGAUCCUGCAUUUCAGCGAUUCUGAUGCAGAAGAAGACAACAGUAGUGUUGGCAACUGCCAGGAUAAUUUGAGUUCUUUCCACCCUACUGGUUUCUUCAGCGUGGAUGUGGAAAACCAAUGUGCUACCAACACGGCUGAAAAGUUGGGCCCCGGCAAUGGUUUCAGCCAUUUAUCAAACAUCACAGAAUGCUUGGAUGAGAAUGCCAAUCAGGGACCAAGUGGUUUCCUUGAGGAAACCUCCAAUGGACCGUAUGGAGGGGUCCCCAGCUGUUCUUCAUCUUCCUCGGCAGAACUGUGCUCCAAGAACUACAUGGAUCUGAGCUUCUCCUCAGACUCUCUGGAUUUUUUCCAGUCCUUCUCGGAUUACAACCUGGAACCUCUCUACAACUCCUUGAAGGAAUAUGAGAACUUGGACAAUUUUUCAGCUUUGCAACUCCAAUUGCCCAACUUCCCCAGCUUGGCUCAGCCUGCAGAUCAGAGCAGCUGUUUCCUGGAGUCCCUGAUUGGCUUGUCUGAAUCUGUCCCAGAAACCCCUGCUCCUUUUACAGACAAUCAGCUUCUCGAAGAUGCCAUUAAGUCAUCUCUGAUGGAGACAGUGAAGGUUUAAAUUUUAAUUUAUUUUUUAUACGAGAAAGGCCGGACAGUUUCUCAUAUCCUAUUGUGAAUAAACAUUCCUUUCUGCCAGAGAAGAAGAUGCUAGACAGAUCUUUCCAAACCGACAAAUUAAUUUUGUUCUAUUUUGGACACUUUGUGGAGAAAAAAAAAUGUUAGCGCUACAGUUUUUCUUACUAUUUGUGGAAAACCUUUGGGUUCUUAAUGGCAUUUCAGGCGAGGGGCAGAAGGUAAAUUUUGCAAAUCCAAACACAGUUUUCCUGCAUUUUGUAUGGGGGUUGGUGGAGACUUUGUAAGAAAUAUCCCUUAUGUGUUUUAAGAUUAUGGAUCACCCACACAGCACCUUCUGCAAACAUGCUCAGAUGUUUGCAGACACUUUUCUCCAAUUGCUUUGCGAGUUAUGGAAUUGUAUUUAUUGUGAAAAUGAUUUGCUCUUGAUUAACUGGGAAAACGUUUACAAAGGGGGGAAAUGCUAUAUUAUAUACAUUACUUCUCUCCUCCCCCUCUAUUUAUUGCAAAGGUUCACCAUUUUUAAGUAGUCACCGACGCUUCAACAAAGCAUGGAACUUUAUUUAAAUUAGUUAUAGCUUAGAUAUAUUAUGUGUACAAUCAUUUUCUUUUUGCAUAACGUAUCUUAUUUAUUUGUCCCCUGCUUCUCGGUUAGGCUGUGGUCAGCUAAAGUCCUGAAAGAGAAAGAGGUAUUUGGCAGCUCAGCCCGUGUUUGCGUUGGGUGUCCCCCUCCUCUUCCCUCCCCACCGCCUCUUUUGGGUGAAACACAAAGAUUUUUUAAGGUGGUUAGGUGCAUUCCCUUCCUCCCUCCCUCCCUCCCUUCCCUCCCAGAUAUCUACACUACAAAUUUGAAAUCCUAUUUCACAAUCUUGGAUUCCUCAAGGAAAAAUUUAAGAAUUUGGCAUGGGGGGGGGAGUCUGAGAAGGCUUGAGGGAUUGUCCCCAACCUUCCUCUCUCUCCCCUUCCCUUCCCUUCCCU